GCAAUCUACCUUUACUUGCUAUUUUAAUCGCAAACUGUAACAUUUAUUUCGACACUAUUCGAAUUGUACCCUUGCAUAAUACGAUUCACUUUCGUCUAAGAUCAAACAUCUAUUAUGUAGCGGCAAAGCCAACCAUGGGAAAUGAGGAAGAUCCAGAGCUGGAACCAAUCCUUGGUGAAGCCAGCAAAAGUAAUGCAGUAGUGGACCCUCAACUUGAGCGCAUUGGCAGAAGAACCAGGAUCUUGUUGGUGGUGUGCAUUUUAUUUACGGAGCUAUGUGAACGUCUCACAUUUUAUGGUAUUGUGGCAAACCUUGUGCUGUACUGCAGAGACUACUUGAAGCUUGAAGCUCCAUUGCCUAGCAGUGUCAGUCUUGCAUUUCAAGGCACCUCAUUUUUUUCGCCUGUGAUCGGUGGCUGGGUUGCGGAUACUUUUCUAGGGCGUUAUAACACUAUAUAUGGAAGCUCUUUGCUUUAUGUGGUCGGUGCCAUCGUUCUGGGUGCUGCGACAUUUGACUACGGUACCAUAUUUGGACUGAGCACCGGAAGUAAAGAGGCAUUCUUAGGAAUUGCGUUACUUCUUAUUUCCGUCGGAACUGGUGGAAUCAAAGCCAAUGUAUCCCCCCUAGGGGCAGAUCAGAUCGAAAAUGAAGGGCCCAUAGUUAUCCAGCGCUUCUUUGACUGGUUUUACUGGUUUAUUCAGUUAGGAUCUUUCUUAGCUUACACCGCAGUCGUUUCGGUGCAGCAAGAGGUGUCGUUCUUCUAUGGUUAUGUCAUAACCGCUCUGUCAAUGUUCUUAGCAGUCAUUUUAUUCGUAAGUGGUAGAAAAUACUACAUUACUCAUCCGCAUAAAGGAAGCUACCUAUCUGAAACCUUGAAAAUAAUAUGGGAUGGGUUAAAGAAGAUUCGUUGCAAGAGAAGCGCGCGAGUUGGGUCCCACUGGCUGGACCGGGCUAAGGAGAGUUUGGGAGGAAUUUACAAGGAUCAGCGAGUCGAAGAUGUCAAGUCAGUGUUGAGAAUAGUUCCAAUAUUCAUGACAUUUAUUCUGUACUGGACGAUUUAUGGGCAGGGCCAAACAAGCUACCUCCUUCAAGGUUCGUUCAUGAAACUCAAGCUGUCCCAGCACUUUACGAUGCCGGCGGCCUCUCUGUACCUCUUCGAGAUCACCAUGCUAUUAAUCCUCAUACCCAUUGUAGAUCGCAUUAUCUACCCAUCCCUCCGUUACUUCGGCAUCGACUUCACCCCCCUGAAGAAAAUGGGUGUUGGAAUGCUGUUUGCCAUGGGGUCUGUUUUCAUGGCGGGGUUAAUGGAGAUCGAAAGGAAAAAAUACAUCGACACACAUGGUUAUUUUGAACAGCAUCCAUUCGACACUCCAGUUAAUGCCUCCCAAAUGAAUAUCUUUUAUCAAGUCCCUCAGUACGUGCUCCAGGGAACUGGAGAAGUGUUGACCUCGAUUCCAGGUCUGGCGUUUGCUUACUCCCAGUCCCCUCUCUAUCUUCGCGGAGUGAUCAUGGGUUUAAAUCUGGCCACUAUUGGAAUAGGCUUCUAUGUGGCUGGGGCUCUGGCAGCGAUAGCAAAAAGGGCCAGUGACGGUUCUUGGUACCCGCAGGACUUGAACGCGGGAAAACUAGAAAACUACUUCUUUUUCCUCGCUGGCGUGAUGUUUGUAAACUUCCUGCUCUUUGUUUUCCUCGCCAGAAAAUACAAAUAUAUUGAGUCUCCACUUACUGUCACAGAUCAAAAGGAUCAGGGGCAAUCACUGAUUAAUACCUCGACAUCUAAUUUAGAAAAGGUCUAAGAUACUGUUGGCAAGAGUUGUCCAACCCGCGUUUUAUUCUUGUCUUUCUUUCUUUUUAUUUGCAUUUUAAAACAGUUUCUUGGAGAGCUGCUCUUUUCAUGCAAUUAUUAAAGAAAUACACGAGGAAAGUGCAAAAUCCUCCAACUGUAUACACUUUGUCUUCAAGCCACUUUCUAAAUGUAAUUUGCUAAACGAGCUUUUAAUUAUUAGUCUCUUAAUCAGUAAAUUUUACCACUGUUGUUUUCGAGCUGACCGAAAGACAGCAAAACAACAGAGGAUUUUUUUUUUAAGAGAUCUUAAUUGACUGACUUGGAAUGGGUGGAUAGAUAUUAUUGACCACUACCCUAGCCUCUUUCUCCUGACUUUUCAUUGGCUGUCAAUAUGUCCAAUAGCAAGCAGCCUCUAAUCAAAUAAGGUAAAGUCAAGAAUUUUUAUUGGCUAACAUAAUUAAGUAUAUGAUCGGUUUAAAACGACUCACGGCAUAUUUUUGUCUCAGCCAAUUUUUUUCCUGAUUCAGCAGGUACUCUUUAUUGAGAAAGAAUUGUUCAGAACUGUACUAGUACCUAUCUGAAUCAUCUAACUAAGCGACUUGAAAAAAGAAGUUAAAAUGUUAUUAAAUAGAAUAAAUAUAUUUUUAAAUGACAUUAAAAAUUAAUAUUACAAUGUGAGAAGAAAAAUAAUAGAUACUUUUUCUGUGGUGGAGGAAAAUGGUAAAUAUUUUAUUCUACGAUAGAUGAAAUAUUUAUA